AUGGCAUUUAAAUUUGCUGUGAUGGGUUCAUCGAUGGUUUUUGUGGGUUAUGUAACAUAUAAAUAUAUGAUAAGACCAAGUCCAAGUAUCUAUACUGAAAAGCCUUUUUUUGAAGAAGCUCUUCUAUUAACUCGUGGUUAUAAACCAAUAACAGAAAAACUAGUUGAACCAAUUCAAUCACUUAAAAUAGAUACAUCAAAUGAAUUCAAUAAACUUACACUUCUUGGAGCACAAGUUCAAAUUCCUGUUAGAGGUGCUCAACGAUCUGGUACUGUUUAUUGUUAUGCAACAAGAGAUUCACUGGAUGAUGAAUGGCAUGUAGAUAAAUUAGAAUUUAAACCUAAUAAUCAACCAAAUCGUUAUCCUUUCUAUGAUCGAUCUUUACGACGUGUACCAACACCAUCUGAACAAGCACUUAUUGAUUAUAAGAAAGAACUUGAAGAAAAAAAAGCAAAACAAUCAAUGACUUCAUCAACUACAUCAGCGUCUGUGUAG